UAAAUACAUUGGGAUAAAUCCAUUAUAACUGAUCAUGCCAUUUUUCCUAAUCAUCAGAUUAUCAUAAGAGGAUUAACACUGGUCGGGGGAAAUGUCUAUUCCCUAGUCCAGGUUGUUUCCUUUUAGGUAGGGAAUGCUCCAUCAGUUACGUCAUUCCUAACUUGCCUCUACUUCCAGGGGAGAAGUGACUUACUUGAUUGAUGAUUUUGGAAGAAGAAAAUUGUUGUGUGUGGCUUAGCACCUUUUCUCUAGAGAUCAGGUGUCUCCUGGAGAGCAUCCCCAAUUUCUGUUCUGCUCCUCCAGGGGAGGUAUGUCAGAACAGUAUUGCCUGAGUCUGAAGAAGCCCACUUAAUUGUGGAUUUUAGUAUGCAGGAGUUCUCUUGCCUGCAAGAUAUAAGCCACCUUCUCUGGGACAAAGUCUUUCAGAACAGAGGUAAUAUUUUGGUCUCCAUAAGCUUCAUUUCUGUUUUAUGUAUGUAUGUAUGCAUGUAUGUAUGUACGUAUUUAUUUAAAACUUGUGCAAAGGGAAGAGGUGCUUCUUAUUGCUCCUCCCAGGACUUAAAAACAUCAGUGAUGAGAGUAACUGAACAUUCCACAACAAGACAAAAUACAACCGUCCAGACACUUUCAUGUGUACCGACUUCCAUACUCCUGCAAACUACCUAGAUUAUUUGAAGUUACAAUGAAAAAACUCCAUAGAAAUGAGGCAAAGGUAAGGUUAACAAAAUAGCAUGGUCUGACCAAGAAAACCUCAAUGCAAAGGUGAUUUCUAGACCAAGUAGGAUACAAUAAUAAGAGAAUGUUAUGCUAACAUAAAUUCACCACAUUUGUCACUCUGUUGUAAUGCCUUUGCCUUACAAAAUCACACGUUUAUGUCAUCAAGUAUAAUUAAGCCAAGACCAGGUGUGCGGCUGCACGGGCUUUCCAUCCCUCAUACCAGCGUCUCACUCUGCCUUUUACCAUGCCUUUCACCCGAGACCCUUACCAGCACCCUACGUUGGAAAACAAUGAUUCCUACCUGGGGAAACUCUGGGCUUCCAAGAAACUGCCAUAUAAGCACCCAACUCACCUUGCUCAGCAACAGGAACCCUGGAGUCAGCUCAGCUCAACUCCCACAAUCACCUCCAUGAGGCAGGAUAUUUAUUUUUUUGCUUCUGAGAUACCAAAGGAUGACCUGGAUUUCCGCUUAGCAGCCUUGUACAACCACCACAUAGGGACAUUCCAGAACAAAAGUGAGAUAAUUUUACACCAGGAGACCACCCAGGAUAUCCAUGGAAUCAUCAAGACCCAAUUCUCUGGAGAACUUUUACCCUCUCCUCCACCACCUUCCAUCACUUCUCGAGCUAACAUCAGACGCUGGAUCAACCCUAAGAAGCAGUCGAGACUAUCCACAGCAUCCAGGGAUCCAUAGUGUCCCCUCACAUUGCAGCCACCAAUGGAGGCUACUCCUGAAAGAAUGAUGGUGGCUUCCUCUCUGCUUAGUGUUGACAGGCCCCUGGACUAAUUAAUCAUAGUGGAACAUGCUGCCACCCAUCUCCAUUAAAUAGAUUUGUGCUGAAAAAAAAAAAAUUAAACCAAGACCACAAAUAAGGACUAGAUUUGUCUCCAUGUUAAUUUCACAUCCAGUAUCUUCCAUCCCUAUCAGGAAGGCAUCAGGAAUGCCUAAUUUUUUAUUAUGUCUCUAAGUUCAAACAAAGAAUUAGAAAUAAAUAACUGGAAUUCCUAACCAAUCCUUAAAGACAAUUAAGUUACUGCUCCUAUCUCUAAAUUUAUGUCCCUUCUUAUCAAGACAAUCCAUUGGAUACACACUACCCUCUAACCCCCAAGAAAAGGAGAGACUAGACAAGUGUUGAAAGAGACCAAAGCUUAUGAGAUAUAUUUGGUUUUACGGGUUGAAUCCAACAAACUCUAUUGCACUUUUUUCUGAUCCUGCUGACAAGAGGUGCUCUAGUGUUGGAAAUCUGGAGAAAGAAAGAUUUAGAACUAUCUACAGUAGAGUUUAGGAAGAAAGGUCAUGGUGAACAUGAGAGUGGGCAUCUGAGGGAAUCUGGUAACAACAAAGGAAAAGCGGCCAAACAGAGGUAGAGGUGGAGACACAGCCAAUAUAGAAGCCAGUGAAUGGAAAGAAUGACAACAAAGCACAAAGGUGGAACUCAUUCAUUCAAUGAGUAUUUGUUAUGUGAUUCUCCAUGCAGAGCCUAACCUUAACUGCUGUUGUGAACAUAAGAACUGCUCCUUCUCACAAAGAUUUUGAUAUUUAGCUGGGGAAAUGAGAUACACAGAAGCAAAAAGCAAAUAACAUUCGAACAAAAUGUGAUUUAACAACUGAGUUGUACAGGAAAUUUAUUUAAUACAUGAGAAUACAGAAAAGAAAGGAA